AUGAUUGAUCCGGUAGAGAUUGAUGAGGCAGUUACCAACAUCAACACUGCAGUAACUGGGGCAGUAACAGCUAUCAUACAACUGUCAAUUACUGAAAGUAAACUUGUUGGACUUUCUGAAGUCAUAGCAAGAAGAGAGGACUGGACGCAGCUUCCUUCAGCAUUGCAGAUUGAUUAUGACAGAAUAUCACAAAUAAUGCAAGCAAAUCCAACAAAUGAGCUGAUAGUUCAUGGCUUCCUUAAACACUGGUUUAUUGAACAGAGAAAUAAAUUGGGUACCAGUCCAAGUGCAGAUGGCCUCUUAAAUGCUUUUCAACAGUUAGGAUUUACAGAUGCCAUUGAAGAGUAUGCACGACUCAGUCAUGAAUCAGAAUAUGAAUUUGAGCAAGAAUCUGAGAAUCUUGAUGCACGAUCAGAAAGAAGUGGAAAUCAAGAGGAAAAUUUUAAUGUCUCAUCGGGAGAGGCUAGAGUGUCUCAAGGAAAUGAGGACACAGAUUUUAGAGCAGCCACACCCCCUAUCAAUCAGUCAAAUUCAGGAGCACAAGUUGGUCCAAGUUUGAAUCCUCUAAUUAACCAGAGCAUACGACAACCAAAUCAACAACCAAAUCGACAGGAUGAUGUCAUCAUCAGGCAAAUGGAGGCUGUCGCCAUUGAUGAUUCUGCCAUGCCUUUCUAUAAGAUGAACGCCAGACCCAGAGGUUUAGCAAUAAUAAUAAACAACCAGCACUUCCAUAAAAUCAGAAAUGAUCAAUCUAGCAAGGAGAUGCCAGCAAGAGCUGGCACUGAAAAAGAUGCAGAGAAACUUAAUUACAUAUGGCAGAAGUUAGAUUUUGAGGUACGUUUGUUCAAUGACGUGGACUCGACAAAAAUGAACCAGAUCAUGGUGGAAACAGCCUUCGAAGACCAUUCAACAUAUGACUGCCUUGUGGUGUCAAUAUUGACACAUGGAGUCCUUGGCCAUGUUUAUGGAGCUGAUGGACGGAUAGUUAGAAUUAGUCAGUUAACCAGCUGUUUUUCUGGCAGAAGAUGUCCGUCUUUGGCAGGAAAACCAAAGUUGUUUUUCAUUCAAGCUUGUCAAGGAAGAGAAAAACAAGAAGGACAUGCCAUUGAAACAGAUGCUGGAGGAAGUAUGGAGGAAAGACAGGAUUUAAAUGUUGACAGACCAAGAGAAUUAAUUCCUGAUGAGGCUGAUUUCCUGUUAGGAUAUGCUACUGUUCCCGGCUAUGUUUCCUACAGAAGUAGAUCCCAGGGGAGCUGGUAUAUCAAUAAGUUAUCACAGAAUCUGGAUAAAUAUGCUUAUCAGCACGACUUACUGAGCAUUUUAAUUAAAGUGAAUGAGGAGGUUGGAAGAGCUACAGCAAACAUUGACAAUGGAGCCUACAAACAGAUUCCUGCACCUAUGUUUACACUGAGGAAACGAAUCAUAUUCAGAUAAAUUAUAUUGUGGAAAACACUAACAAUGGAACUUACAAACACAGAUUCCGGUACCUAUGUUUGCACUGAGGAAACGAAUUAUAUUCAGAUAAAUUAUAUUGUGGCAGAUAUUGUUUCAAGCUUUGUUAGUUUAAAUAUUGAUUUAGGUAAACAUUUUGUGAAGUCAGGUGCCUUGCAUAUGUAUUAUUAUGUUGAAAAGUAUUUCUUAUAAUGUUAUGGAGUAUUUAUAUAAAUAUUAUUUCAUGUGUAUAGCAUAUGAAUUUAUACAAUCAAACAUAGGACUUAUAUUUAGUGCAUUCGAUAUUAUCCUUGAUUGGAUCAGGGUCAGGAAGUUCACAGCACUAUGUUACCAUUGGUACUUAUUGUCCAUAAGGAUUUAAUUGUAACCUGAUAACUAUACAGUCAAACUGUAUAAAAAGGUGAACCUCUGGUACCAGAGAAUACUGACUUUAUAAGAUGAGGUUUGAAUUGCAUAGGUAUAAAUACAUAUUGGGACAAGAAGAACUGUGACUGACAAAACAAGUUAUCGCUUAUUAUACAUGAUGUAUAUAGCAGGUUUGACUAAUAUUUAUACAUUGUCAUGUUUUCUGCCUAUUAAAAUCACAAAAUGUCAACCGAAAGUGACACUAUGAAGCUUUUUAUGCAAGUGAUCACAAGGAUUGACUUAUAUUUUACAAUAUCUUAAUGCUAAAAAAAACUUUUUUGCUAAUGUAAUACCAAACUUAAAGCAUUUGGUCAAAAUAGUAAGAAGUCACUCAUAUCUUGAAACAAACAUUAUUGUUGUGUCAAAUCUCUGACUUCUUAGAGGUAAAUAACAGCCAUUCUUCAGAUUCUGAAGAGUUGUUGUAAGAAUCUGAUUAACAAAUAAUUAAUUUAACGAAUUACUGUUGGUUAGAUAUUUUUGAUUAGGACAUUGCAUUGCUAACCAAUCACAUGUCAAAGAAUAUACUUUUGAAAUAUUACCCAGAAUGAAAUAGUGAAUUAGAGAGAUUUCCCCCCUUUAAAUGGUGGAGGGUAAAUAACAGUUGUCUGCAUUACAUAAUAUAUUGUAUAUAGCUAUAUAUAGCAUUAAAGUUUUUUUCUUUUAUUAGAAAAACCGACAUUUAAAGCUAAAAUACAGAAGCUUUCGUUAUUAUUAUUUUCAUAUUUUAUGUGUGUCCAUAUGCAUCUUAAAAGGUGUAACAAUUGUAUUUGAAGCUUUAUCAUUGCUGUAAGAUUAUGAAUGGAAAUUUAAAAAAAAAAGAAAUUUGCAUUCUA